AAAAACUGAAUCUUCCCCUUCAUCUUCAAAUGUCGAAACUUGAAACUCUGUGGUAGUCCAUCACAGGCUCGAUUAGCUUUACAUUAAUGCUUGUCUGCGCAAAUUCAAACCAGCCAUGGAACUCUACUCUGCCAAUGUUUGGUCUCCUUCCAAGGUGCAAAACCCAAAGCGACGUGAACCAAAUCCACGCUCGUCUCAUUACCACUGGGUUCAUCAACAAAGCUGCUCUCACCACCAAGCUCAUCCUCAGUUUCUGUUCUUCCCCGUACACGCCUUUGGUUCAAUUCGCUCGGCAUCUGUUCUUCUCGCUGCACGCUGGACGAACCGGGAAGGCCACCGAGUUCGAUCCUUUCCUCUGGAACGCAGUGAUCAAGUCCUAUUCUCACGGCGAUGACCCGGAAGGAGCGGUUGUCCUGUUUGCUUCGAUGCUUGAGAAUGGGGUCUGUGUAGACAAGUUCUCGUUUUCUUUGGUGAUGAAAGCGUGCUCCAGGAUGGGUUUGAUUAAGGAAGGAAUGCAGAUUCAUGGGUUGUUGAGGAAAUACGAAAUUGGGUCUGAGGUAUUUGUGGAGAAUUGUUUGGUUUGUUUGUAUUUGCGUUGUGGGUGUCUUGAAUUCGCUCGCCGGGUGUUUGAUAGAAUGCCGAAGCGGGAUUCUGUUUCAUUUAACUUGAUGAUUGAUGGGUAUGUGAAGAGUGGGAUGAUUGAUAUGGCACGUGAGUUAUUUGAUUGUAUGCCGCUGGAGAUUAAGAAUUUGAUAACUUGGAAUUCUAUGAUUAGUGGUUAUGCACAAUCAGUUGAUGGUUUUAAGAUUGCAUGUAAGUUGUUCGGACAAAUGCCUGAAAAAGACUUGAUUUCAUGGAAUUUGAUGAUCCAAAGCUUGGUGAAGUGCCGGAAGGUUGAACUUGCUCAUGCUCUGUUCAAUGAGAUGCCAGAAAGAGAUGUAAUUAGUUGGGCCAAUAUGAUAGAUGGGUAUGCAAAAUUAGGUAGCGUUGACAUUGCUAGAGCCUUGUUUGAUAAAAUGCCUGAAAGAGAUGUUAUAUCUUGCAAUGUUAUGAUGACUGGGUAUCUCCAGACUGGAUAUUGGAAGGAAGCAUUGAAACUUUUCCAUGAUAUGAAAAGUGAGAGUACGUUAUCUCCAGAUGAGACUACUUUGUCAAUUGCUCUUUCUGCAAUUGGACAGUUAGGACAGAUUGAUGAAGGAUUAGCAAUACAUUGUCUUAUAAAGGAACACGGGUUUAGCUUAGAUGGAAAACUGGGUGUUGCACUCAUAGAUAUGUACUCAAAGUGUGGCAGCAUAGAAAAUGCCAUGUGUAUAUUUGAGGAUGUAGAAGGAAAAAGGGUAGAACAUUGGAAUGCCAUGAUUUGUGGCAUGGCCAUUCAAGGCUGGGGUGAAGCAGCUUUUGAACUGUUCAUGGAGAUGGAAAGGCUUUCGAUAAAACCAGAUGAUAUCACAUUCAUUGGAAUCUUAAAUGCUUGUGGCCAUUCUGGUUUGGUGAAGGAAGGUAUAAUGUGCUUUGAGCUCAUGCAAAGGGUUCACAGGUUGGAGCCCAAACUCCAACACUAUGGGUGCAUGGUUGAUAUCCUUAGCCGUGCAGGAUACAUAGAAGUAGCCACAAAAUUCAUUGAUGAAAUGCCUGUUGAACCAAAUGAUGUGGUUUGGAGGACUUUGCUUGUUGCUUGUAAGAAUCAUAAUAAUCUCAACACUGGGGAGAUGGCGGCAAAGCAUCUCAUUGGGCUAGAUUCUUGUAGUUCAACUAACUAUGUGCUUCUUUCUAACAUGUAUGCUGGUUAUGCAAUGUGGGAAGAUGUUAGGAAGGUUAGGACAGUCAUGAAAGAAAGAGACCUAAAGAAAAUUCCAGGGUGCAGUUGGAUUGAACUGGAAGGAGUUGUCCAUAAGUUCUUUGCAGGAGAUAAAUCUCAUCCUCUGGUUGGAGAUAUCUAUUCAAUGUCAGACAGAUGCUCAAUUCAGAGAUCACCUGCUACAGCCUCUGAUUGAGGUGGAGUUGAGAAAUUGUAUGAAGUCAUUGAUAGAUCACACACAAAAUGGCUUAAUGCUGGUCUUGAACAAACAGAGCUACAAGCCAAAUGUAAGGGCAAAAUCGUGGUAGAAGGGGAGUCUAGUGAGGCUCAAAGUUCAAUUUAGACGUGUAGGGCCAGUGUAGAAGGUUAUUUCUUUUUGUAUUGUAUUGGCGCCCUUGUAUAUUUUUGAAAAGUGUAUUGUUUUUAAAAUCUUAAGAAAUGAUGUAAGAAUGAGUGUUGCUCUUGUGGAAAGUGAGUCAAUUUAUAUCAUUAAAGUUUUUUAUAUGUCUAUUUCUGUAUUCCAUUUUAGAAAGACCUUCUUUCAAAUGUUCCUAUGCUAGCGAGUAUAUCCGAAAGCGGGCCCUGAUAGAGCUAGCCGACAACAACGAGAGGUAGGAGAAUGGGAAAAACGAGUUCUAUUUGAUGGGCGGUGAGAGAGAGGAGAAUGGGUAUUUGGGAUGAGACAGAGGCAGAAGGGGCAGUUGAGUGGCCAGAGCCAGGGAGGAAUCCACCAGAAAGAAUG